CCCUAACAUUACACGACGAAGGGAUCGGGCUGUAGUGUUUAAGGAGGAAGAAGACGAGGGAAGAGGUGUUUCUCCAGGCCCUUUCUCUUCUUUCAUUAUUUAUUUCCUUAUUAACUGCGAUCAAAACAUUGAUGGUCGAUCAUCCGCCGCUGAGCUCGAGACCCGCGGAAUAUCGUGCAGUCUUUCUCGUCUGUGAGUGUGUGUGUCGCGAUGGCUCGCCCACGGCCCCGGGAAUAUAAAGCUGGAGAUUUGGUUUUCGCAAAGAUGAAGGGAUACCCGCACUGGCCGGCGAGGAUCGAUGAGCUGCCGGAGGGAGCCGUGAAGCCACCAGCCAAUAAAUACCCCAUCUUCUUUUUUGGUACCCAUGAGACCGCCUUCCUGGGCCCUAAAGACCUGCUGCCCUACAAGGAAUAUAAGGACAAGUUUGGCAAGUCAAACAAGAGAAAAGGAUUUAAUGAAGGCCUGUGGGAAAUUGAAAACAACCCUGGUGUCAAAUUUACUGGUUACCAGGUCAUGCAGCAGCAGAGCUCGUCUGAGACAGAAGGGGAAGGUGGGAACGCGGCUGACGCCAGCAGCGAGGGCGACUCGGUGGGCGAGGAAGAGGAGGGCAAGAUGAAGAGCGACAAGGUCGGAUCCAAGCGGAAAAAAAGCGCAUCCUCAAAGAUGUCUUCCAAGCUCUCCAGGAAGGGUUCGGAUGAAGAUCUGGAGAAGGAUGGGAAAGACGAGCAGAAGAGCGGAUCAGAGGCUGGGGACCAUGACAACAACAUCCAGAACUCUUCAGACAAGACGUGCAGUCAAGGGCAGAAUCUGUCGCUGCGGGAGGAUCACUAGGCGAUCAUCGGAUGACGCUCGUGACGCUGAUAUGUGAUAUUGCAAAUGCAUCUUAUUACGCUGAUCGCUUACAAACUCCCACACAUUAUUAUCUGGUUCAGUCAAACACACACACACUCACACACGUACAGUAAAAAAAAACAACGUCAAGGAGUCACACAAACCACCUUCAUUCCUUUCUGCUGUUUUGAGUUUCCGAUCUCAGUCAUUCCUCUCAUGCCACUCAUUAAUGCGUGUCGUGCUAGAGAUUUCUUUCUUUUGCAACAAACACACUGUAGGUCAGACAUUCGUCUGUUAAACAACUCGGCCAUCUUUCAUGCUUUUAUCAGAGAAAUAAAGAGUGGAAACUGUAGAAAACGUAUGAAGUAUUGUGCACAAACAGAGUUGCGUGCUGUAACUCCAUGUUAUCUCUGUACAUUUGAUUUGGGUGUAGAUUCUAGGAGCUCUGUACUAUUAUCCCAAUGCUAGAGGUACUGCUCAUCUUUUUUAAACGUGAAAUAUCCGUUCGUGUGUCAGUGGGUUGGUUGUUUUCUAGCCUUUCUAGUGGCAUGCUGGCUUCUGUUUCCAUUCCGUAGUUCUGAAGAUGUUCUUCUGUCUGUCCGUUUUGUCAGACAGCGCUGAUCCUGAUCCUGUCUUCUUCCCGACAGAAAACGUGCCCUUGAUUUGUUACGUUUUUAUUUCUUAUCUUUGUUUAUAUAAAGAAUAUAUUCUAUUUAUUUUUGAUGACAGUAGAUGACACAUCUGUGGUAAAUUCGCACUCUCCAAUGUGGUUUUCAUUUUAUUUGUAUUUUUAUUGCCCUCAUCCAUGUUGCAUUUUCAAGGUUUGUAGCUACAUGUAAACUGUUUUCCUGUUUAUUGACAAGAAUUUUACAGAAUAAACUCAUUGGAAUGCAA